CUACACAGCGUCCGACGAAGUAUCUCGUUAAUCUGUUGUCUCCUUAGUCCGUUUUCUCAUCAUACCGCGAUGGUUUCGACAUUUGUGCUAUUACUGACUGCUCUGGGCGUCAUUGGUGUGGUGAAAAUUAUCUCUAUGUUGCAUCGGAUGUACUUUUACUGGAGGAAGAAGGGUAUGCCUUACAUGCCAAACUCACUGUCGUCCUUUAUAGUGUCUUCGGAAGUGUUUUUGGGCCGCAUUUCUUUCGCCGAUUAUAAUCAAUACAUAUACAAUUACUUCCCAAAUGCUAAAUAUUUUGGGACCAAUAAUUUUGGUACUCCUACCAUACUUAUACGUGAUCCCGAGCUGAUUAAAGACGUAAUUGUGAAGGAUUUUGAACACUUCCCGGAUCAUCUCUCUUUCAUUGAUGAAAGCGUAGAACCGCUGUUCGGUAAGAACGUCUUCUCCUUGCGCGGAGACCGUUGGAAAGAAAUGAGGAAUACACUAAGUCCCUCUUUCACUGCCAGCAAAAUGAAAUUCAUGUUUGAACUAAUAUCGAAGUGUUCUCACGACUUUGUCACUUAUCUGGUCGACCAUCCGGAGCUCUGUCAUACGAUCGAAACGAAGGAGGCCUUUAGACGAUACACCAACGAUGCAAUUGCUACAACAGCUUUUGGCAUAAGUGUGAAUUCCAUGAAGGAUAAAGACAAUGAAUUCUACACAAGAGGAAUAGAGGCUACCACUUUCUUCAAUGGACUUUUAACGACCGUUAAGCUUAUUGCUUUACGCGCAACUCCGUGGCUCUCUAAAUUAAUGGGUGUAUCUCUAUUCCCGCCGGGUACGUACAAAUUUUUCAAACAGGUCGUUGGGGAAACGAUUAAAGCGCGAGAAGAGCAAGAUAUCGUCCGACCGGAUAUGAUUCAUUUGCUAAUGCAGGCUCGAGACAAGGACAGUGCCAGCGUACCGAAAAUGACAUUAGACGACAUCGUUUCGCAAGCAUUCUCGUUUUUCUUCGCUGGCUUCGACACCUCGUCGACAUUGAUGUGUUUCCUUGCUCACGAACUGGCGGUUAAUCAAGAGGUUCAGAAUCGCUUACGCGAAGAAGUACAGCAGCAUCUUAUCGAAGGCAACGGUGAGAUUUCUUACGAAGCGCUGUCCAAGAUGUCUUACAUGGAUAUGGUGGUUUCCGAGACUCUCAGAAAAUAUCCACCAUCGAUCGCUACCGACAGACUUUGCUCGAAGAGAUAUGAGCUCCCUCCGUCGCAGCCAGGCUGCAAAAAUAUAAUCGUCGAACCUGACCAUAUACUUAUGAUUCCCAUUUACGGUUUACAUCGCGACCCGAAAUAUUUUCCGAAUCCGGAUAAAUUCGAUCCCGAAAGAUUCAGCGAGGAGAACAAGGACAGGAUUGUACCAUACACUUAUCUGCCAUUCGGUCACGGGCCUAGAAAGUGUAUCGGCAAUCGAUUCGUUCUUAUGGAGACAAAGAUCCUGAUAGUCCAUCUUUUACAAAGGUUUACUUUGAAGACCGUAGAAAAAACCAUGGAACCAGUUAUAUAUUCUAAAAAGGAAUUUACUUUGAUACCUGUUGGCGGAUUCUGGAUUGGUCUGGAGAAGAUAGAAACGUGAAAUAUCGAGUGCAAAGAACACAAUUCUACGAUAUACUUAUAUUUGUAAAAAUAUUAUCGCCUGUUCAACUUUAAGUAUUCAAUUUGUUUGAAAGACACUUGAAGAACACAAUAGAAUUAUUUGCAAUCUGCGUAUUGCUUUAUGUUUGACUACACAAUCAACAUGAUUAACUUUUUACUGGAAAAGAAUGAAAAACCCGAUAAAUAUUGUUACUUAUCUAGAUUCAUGAGUGUAUUCCGUUUACACAUCAUUUUUAAUGACUAAUGUAACUUCCACUUGUCGACCUGUGGCAUGGCAGAAAUAAUAGAAUAGAAUUUAUAUGCUUAAUUCUUUAUACAUAUAAGAACACAUAUUUUGUCGUGCGAAUAGUAUAACAUUUGUUUAUUUUAGAGACAGUAUUUUUUUAUACAUUAAAAUAUAUUAAACACAUAAAGUGAAUUAAGAGGGAAAGCGA